AUGACCCCACGAGACUCUACCACCGUUACUCCCUCCCGCCGUCGCCCCUCUUUAUCGCUCAGAACUCGCCCCCGAACGGCUGCCUCUCCUGGCAACAUUGCGGAACAUGAAGCAUGGAGCCGAUUCUCUUUUAUCGAGACCUGUGACAAUGAUGAACAGGGAUCGGCCGUGGAGGAGAUGAAGCAUUUUCCUGAUGUCGUCCCCAGGCGUCGAGGCGCCAAGAGCUUCUCCAGUCUACGACACCCCGUGGAUGGACUACGAGCCUUAGGCCGUCGUUUGUCAGUGACCAUUCGCAACAAGUCUUCGAGAAAUGCUCUUCAGCCCCCUCAUGACGAUCUGAACUUUGAACAUGCUCGCCACAGACACAACAUUACGACCGGCAGCUGGGAUGCUCGGUCGAGAGAUAUCUGGUCCAGGGGUCAUAGCAUCAAUCGUCGUCCAUCCUUGAACAGCGUGUCCGCCUUGCACAGUUUCUACGCCCCGACUUCAUCAGUUCCCGUCCCCGUCCCUGGAUAUGGCCUGGAGCCACCGAUUCUUCCGGACAAUAUCUAUGCUGGUUCGGCAGCUCGAGCCGCGGCGGCAGCCCAGAAUGAGCAGGCAAAAGCAGAGCGGGAAGCUUCCAAGAUAGAUGAUGCGAAGAUAACACUGGACUCGGAGAGUGGCAUCGGAAUUGACCUCCGUGAUCGCUCCGAGAUUUCCGACACCAAUCUGGCCGUUGUGCGCAUGGAUCCCGUGACCCAAUUACCUUCUGAAAUCAUGUCACAAGUACUGUCAUAUCUCGACCCUCAGUCCCUCAUGCACUCCGAGCUGGUCUCUCGUGCUUGGUCUGAGCAGGCAUCCUCUCGUCAUGUUUGGAGACAUGUGUUCCGUCGCGCACACGGACACACGCGCCCCAGCGGCCUAUCCUCCAAGAAGAAGCAGUCCUCUGGUUUGGGAAAGACCAUGCCAAACCAGGACUGGAAGAGAAUGUUCCUCGUCCGCCGCGCUUUAGACAGGCGGUGGAAAGAGGGCAAGGCGGCCGCCAUCUACUUGCAUGGACACAAGGACAGUGUUUAUUGUGCUCAGUUUGAUGAAAACAAAAUCAUAACCGGCUCCCGUGAUCGUACUAUUCGCGUGUGGGAUGCUCACUAUCCUUGGCCUUGCCGAAAGAUCAUCGGCCCUUCUCCAGGUGAUAUCCCGGGCAUUGGGCCUGUCAACAACCCUACGCAGCAGUCUGCGGGCAAGUCUCCGUUCCUUACCAUCUGUCCUCCAUCCACCUCUUCCGCGGGAAUCGUGGCGCCUAUGGAGCAGGGAUCCCACUAUCACAGUGCGUCCAUUCUCUGCCUCCAGUUCGACGAGGAGAUUAUGGUCACUGGUUCGUCGGAUUAUACCUGCAUUGUAUGGGAUAUCAACAGUGAUUACAAGCCAAUCCACCGUCUGUCAGGCCACCGAGCCGGGGUGCUCGACGUCUGUUUCGAUGACAAAUACAUUGUGUCCUGCUCCAAAGACACAACCAUUUGCAUAUGGGACCGUCAUACUGGAGCGCUCGUGAAAAAGCUGCUCGGCCAUCGAGGACCCGUCAACGCUGUUCAAUUGCGAGGAGAUCUCAUUGUCUCCGCAAGUGGCGAUGGUGUGGCUAAACUGUGGAACAUCACCUCAGGGCUUUGUGUCAAGGAGUUCCCGAGCAAGGACCGCGGACUGGCGUGCGUGGAAUUCAGCGACGACGCUCGUACCAUCCUCACUGGAGGGAAUGACCAGGUAAUCUACCAGUUCGAUGCGAACACCGGGGAGAUGGUCAAUGAGUUGAAGGGCCAUGUGGGACUGGUCCGGUCUCUUCAUCUGGAUAGCAUGAACCAGCGCAUUGUCAGUGGCAGCUAUGACAUGAGUGUCAAAGUAUUUGACGCACAGUCGGGUGCGCUCUCAAUCGACUUGCCCGGCUGGACGACCAGCUGGAUGCUGAGUGUGAAAUCCGACUAUCGACGCAUCGUCGCCACUAGUCAAGAUUCCCGAGCUGUCAUUAUGGAUUUUGGAUAUGGUCUAGAUGGUAUUGACUUGCUUGAGGAGUGA